AACUUCGAAAUGGUAAAAACGUAAAACUUGUAACCUGCAUGUAACCUGUGUGUGAAGGAUAUUACCUAAUGAAUGUGUACCAAAUAAAACGUAACUUCAAUCCGAACUUCAUUCUUUCAAUUAUCUCGCCAUAAGUCCUACACAAAAAAUUCGCAGUGCAACUCAGUGGGGUUGCACAACAAAAUUUGGUGGCAGCGGUAUAGAUUGGUGAAAAUCCAGUCAAACUUGGCGUUCCGGGUAAAUAGGAAAUCCUAUGUUUGGAAUAGCUGAGCAAGAAACGGUAUUUGCGGUGAUUUGAAUCCAGGAUUAUUCGAGUUUUUCAGACAAGGGCCCGUCGUUACCGAAAACUAGAAGAAUCCAGACCCGAAUUACCAAAACCCAAAAUUCCCAAGAAGAGGCAGUGUCAGCGUUAAAGUGUUUGUUAGUGAAAUAAGUUUCUACAGUUUCGGGUGCAUUGUGCUAUUCGCUAUUCUUUGGAUUUUACACAUUUUCAUCAGAUUAAAAAAUGCUAAUCCUUUCUUCUGUUUUCUUCGCAAUGAUUACCAAAACCGGCGCCGAAGGGGAUUACAACAUCAGCAAGUACACCCAUUCGCCUGGUAUUCAUUACGAACAAAUAGGAACCGUUAAGCUUUAUAACGAUGAAUUCGUAUUAAUAACCUAUUUAGACAUAAGUAAUCAUAAUAAAAAGUUUGCACAACUUGAAUUAUAUUAUGAAAAGACAGCCAGUAUUUGCGAAAGUCAAGCUUUCAAAAGCUAUAGUGAUUUCAAAAUAGUUAAUGUAAAUAAUUUAAAAGUUUGCGACUAUUUUUUGAGAGCCUCUAAAGAAUCGUUAAACAAAAUCAAAAUGGAGAAAAACAAUUUAGAACAAUUAGUAGGCCAUCAAAAUAAAGACAAGAAAAAAAGAGCAAUUUUUGAUUUCAUAGGUUCAACUGUAAAAUUUUUAUUUGGAAAUUUAGACCAUGAUGAUGCCGAGUAUUAUAAUGACAAAAUUAAACAAUUUAGUGAAAAUGAGGAGUCAUUAACAAACUUAAUGAAAGAACAAACUGUGGUAAUUAAAUCGACAAUUUCAAAUUUUAAUGCGACAUUAGGAAACUUGGAUCACAACGAAAAAAUAUUAAUCGAAAAUAUGAAUAAAAUUGAAAAGGCUUUAAACGAUAAAAAUUCACAAAUAAAUUAUUUAGAUUUAAAGGUAGCUGUAGACGAACAUAUUUCUAUGUUUAAUUUAAUGUUUAAUCAAUAUCAACUAGAAACCAUAUCCCUAAUUAAUGCAGUUUUAGUUGCACAAAAAGGUCAGUUGCAUCCAACAGUACUAACUCCUUCCAGAUUAGUUUCCGAAUUACAAAAGGUUUCACAUAACUUGCCUCAAGGCUUAGAAUUUCCGUUACCACUUCAAAAUGAAUUCGCUCACCUACUUCUUAAUACGAUUGGAUUAGAUGUAUAUUUCCAAAAUCCGCAUUUAGUGUAUAUUAUUAACGUACCAUUAACAGAUAGUAGAGAGUACAGUAUCUUUAAAUUAUCACCUUUACCUGUUCACGUCAUUGAAAAUAAAUACAUAUUCAUUCAACCAAUUUCAAAAUAUUUAGCUGUAAGUGAUAAUAAACAACAUUAUUUGACUAUAUCAGAAAACCAAUUCACAAAAUGCAAGAAGUUCCAUUCAUAUAACUAUUUAUGUAAACAACAACAACCUAUAUAUUUGGCGUACCGCCAUGAAAUUUGUGAAAUUAAAUUAUAUAGAAGUAUUAGUAAAGUUCCUAGUUCAUGUGAUAAAAGAAUUACAGAACUCGAAAAUAGCAUUUGGACUCAACUAACACUUUCAAAUUCUUGGAUAUAUGUAAUUCCUAAAGAGGAAUCAGUAACUAUAAAUUGUAAAAAUACAAAUCCGUUUGACAUACGGCUCUUUGGAGUUGGUAAAAUUAGUUUAAGAAAAGGGUGCAAGGCAUACUCUAGUUCGGCAAUGUUAAUAUCUCAUUCAAUAUUUUCGGAUUCUACAAUCUUUUUAGAAUACGUACCCAAUGUAGAUUUAGACUUCGAUUGCUGUGAAGAUAAUAGUAAUAGUAAGAUAAAUAUAACACAAAUUAACUUAAGUAAGCAUUAUAAGGUUAUUUCUAGACAUUUAGAUGAUUUAAACAUAGCUAGCCAUAAGUUAGAUGAAAUAGACAAAAUAAAUGAUAAAUUAAGAAACAAUAUUCAUAAUCAAGCUAUUGUACACAAAUAUUCUAUAUUGGCUUAUAUCGUAGGUAGUAUUGUAUUACUGUUAAUUUUUUAUUGUAUUUGUAAGAAGACAAAAAACUGUUGUGGUAUAUGUUCAAGAGCAGGAUUAUGUAUACAUUUUAAACAACGUGUAAACACAAACGUCCCUCAGACACACAAUAUGUACUUUGACCGAGAAUUAGAUGCUGUAUCAAUUAGAAAUAGUAGACAUGGCUCAGAACCAUCACCCGAGUUAUGCGAUAGAAAUUCCGCAGCUUGUAAUACAAACGCAAUAGUAGGACGGCGUCCAACUAAAAAUUUGUAAAAUUGUAACCAAAUUUUUCUUUAAGGGGGAAGGUGUGAUAAACCGCGCUUCACACGGUUUAUCCACCUAUCGCACCUGCAUAUAGUUGACUAUGGGAAGUGCCUUUAAUGCACUAGAUUUCCCUAGAAAUCUUCACAUUUAAUCGCUUUGAUAU